AUGUCUGUGAAAAUGACAGCAGCCCUGCUCCUGCUACAACUGAGUGGGUUCUUUGAAUCUGGGAGUGGUGGGAAGGUGCUGGUGUGGCCAAUGGAAUACAGCCAUUGGCUCAACUUAAAGACAAUCCUAGAUGAGCUUGUGAAGAAGGGUCAUGAAGUGACUGUUCUGAUACCCUCAGCUUCUCUUUCUUAUGAGGUUGAGGACACAUCUGCUAUUGAAUUUGAUACAUCUGCUAUUGAGUUUGAGAUAUACCCUUCAUCAUUUUCCAUGACUGAAUUGGAGGAACUUUACAUGGAGUCAAUGAACAAAUACAUUUAUGAGCUGCCAAAGCAAUCAUAUUGGAAAUACUUUUUAAUGUAUCAAGAAUUGGUUUGGGUAGAUUCAGAUUAUUUUGAAAGUCUAUGCAAAGAUGUCGUUUUCAACAAGGAACUCAUGAAAAAACUACAAACCUCAAGCUUUGAUGUCAUCCUGGCAGAUCCCUUCAUACCCUGUGGUGAUCUGCUGGCUGAGAUUCUCAAGAUACAACUGGUGUUCAGUCUCCGCUUCUUCCCUGGCUCCACAUAUGAAAAGUACAGUGGAGGACUCCCACUACCUCCUUCCUAUGUGCCACCUGCUCUGUCAGAAUUGAGUGAUCAGAUGACGUUCAUGGAGAGGGUGCAAAAUGUACUCUAUGUGCUUUGUUUUGACUUCUGGUUCCAAACAUUUAAUGAGAAGAAGUGGAAUCAGCUUUACACUGAAGUAUUAGGAAGACCCACAACACUCCUGGAAAUGAUGGGCAAGGCAGAUAUAUGGCUCAUCCGAACCUACUGGGAUCUGGAGUUUCCUCACCCUGUCUUACCAAAUUUUGAUUUUGUUGGAGGACUCCACUGCAGACCUGCCAAGCCUCUGCCUAAGGAAAUAGAGGACUUUGUCCAGUCUUCUGGAGAGCACGGUGUUGUGGUGUUUUCCCUGGGGUCCAUGGUGGGUAAGCUAACAGAAGAAAGGGCCAAUGUGAUUGCAGCAGGCCUUGCCCAGAUUCCACAGAAGGUGAGAUACAGUGCCUCACUUUUCAUCUUCACUAAGAUGGUCACAUCCUGUCCAGGUGUGAUUACAGAGACCACCUCUGUGACAUUGAAGCUACCCUGA